GUUUAAAUGUGUUGAUCACAGAACACAUGUAAAAGUUAAUAAAAGUAAUUCUUUAAACAAUGGCCUUCGAUGACUACAGUUAUUUGGCCUUUAUAGCGAUUGUACUAUUCGAUAUAGCAGCUCUCUCUUUUACGUUUUAUAUAUGGUCCAAAUAUCGGCUAUUUAUAAUUACUCUUGUACAUAACGGCUUCUCUAGCCGGAAAAUUCGUCUUAAAAAGAAAUUAACUGAUAAAAACGAGAAAUUCUUUGAUGAAAAGAGUCUAAAUCCUGCUAAAGCAAGUAGUUUGCUCUUAAAAAGAGAUACUUGCCUGGAUCAACUAACAAAUUCUAAAACAUUCUCGUCUGGAAAAUUUGAUGAUAAACCUAAACCUUCAUCAGAAUCAGUGGAUAAUCUAAUUUUUGCAGUUAGGGUCACCAAUGAAUCUAUUGGGACUGAUGAAAUUCCAGGAGCUAAAAGACUGGCAAAAGGCUUGUACAAAUAUAAAACUGACAAAUCCUGGUGGAGUUAUUUGCUAUAUGAUUGCUCUAAGAGAAUAAACAAUAAUGAAGCAAAGUUAUACUUAAAGUUUAUGGGACAGAACUGUAGACUACUAUUGAUAUGUUUUUUAUUUUCGGUUUGCAUAAACAUUUUAAUUUUCAUCAUCUUCUUGUUUCAGAAGGAACCUUACAGAUUUUUAAAUUAUACAUUUCAGGAUAUGUUAAAUUCUAGAACAACGACCUGGGCACUGUACAUUUCAACCUGGGUCUACUCAUUUAGUAACAAACAAUUAAGCGCAAUUUUGAGACCUCAACUCCAUACUUUGAUGAUAUAUGGAUUCGAGAAGACAGUAACUGACCCUGCUGUUAUAUAUAACCACUUCGACAACUACUUCCCUGGUCAAGUAAUUUCAGCCCAUAUUGUCAUGAAUUAUAGCAGAAGGCUAAUGCUGGAAAACAAGUUGGAAAAUGCAAAAUUACAACUGGCAGGAUUAUAUGAUUCUAUUUCAAUUACUCCGGGAUUUGAAUUGAUUCAAAAAUCCUCAGAAUCAAAACAACAUACUGUAGACGAUACUCUGAUUAAUCCAGAACCUAAGUCCCGACUCACAAGAUUUUACAGCUCAACCUCAUUUCAAAGAGAUUUAUCGAGGUCUGAUAGUUUCAAAAUUAGGUCAUUUUCCUGCCAUAACCUUCACUACUGCCCCAAGAAGGAAAAAUCGGAACAUAGGAGGGCAGAUACCUUUGAUAAAGAUAUCUAUGACCAGUACGGAAGGAGGAAGAGCAGAUUUAUUAAGAGAAUUAUGACGAUUAAAAAUCUUAGAAAAGAAAUAGAUGAAGAAAAGAGAAAGGUUCAAACGACAUCAUCUAGAAUCUGUUUUGUAUCUUUUGCAGACUCAAACCUGGUUAUGCACAUUCUGAGAGAUAAGAAGAUUCUAGAAUCGAUGUUUAAUUGGCUCAUAUCACCGGCACCUCACCCAAAGGAUAUUAUAUGGCUAAACCUCAGCAGAUCAAGUAACGAGAUUUUAUUGAGAGGAUUCUUGAUCAACUUCGUGGUUAUACUUUUCUACGUACUUGUGACAUACUUUCUUGCCAAAAUGAACAUAAUUAGGAGAUAUAACGGACCUAAGAAUAAUGAAGGAGUAGCACAACUCAUCAAGUCGUCGUUUUGGCAUGGUAUCAUUCAGUCAAUGGUCACGUUGUUUAUUAACUCAGCUGUUCAUCCAAAUCUUAUAUUUUUCCUCACCAAGAAUAUUGGGAUAUGGACCCAUACUCGUUUUCAAAAGUACCUUCUGUUCGAACACAUAAUAUACUUGUUCACAAGCACCAUCUUUGUACCACUGGUCGCCUCUAUGAUAGCAAUUUGGAGAGUUUUUGAUGGGAACGUAGACCUCCUAUCGCUGGAGUUGGGGAGAAUACUGAUUAAUACAUCGUGGAAGUACGUCACGACUUACAUAGUCAAUGCCAGUCUGUUGGUUCCUUGUAACCAAUUACUUCAAGUUUCGCCACUGGCAUUCAGAUAUUUCAAUCAAACAGUAUUUAACACGGAUGAUGGAAUACCAUUCUUUGAUUUGGGAUAUUGGUAUGCUUACCAUCUAUCUGUUUUCACGUUGGCUCUUUCAUUCGGGUUAUUUAUUCCAUACCUUCUCCCACUAGCUGCACUAUAUUUUGCAGCCAGAUUCUACGUCGACAGACAUAAUAUCGCAUACAAUUUGUGGCAGUUUCCGUUUGACACAUCAGGAAAUAUAUCGAAAACAGCAAUAAAAUCAAUGCUUCUUUGUGUUUCUAUUAUGCAGUUUAUGAUGUCAGGGGUUUUCACUCAGAGUAAAAAGUUACCUCCAUUCUUAAAUACAAUUUUGUAUAUAGCUCCCGUUACCACUUGGCUACUCAUGUAUGGUUCAUAUACUGACACAGUUAUACAAUCUAUAAACUCUUUUUACCAGAUCAACUUGAAACCUCUGAGCCAAAAGAUGAUCCAAAUCAUUCAAGUUUGCUAUAUGCAUCCUUGUGACAUUCGGGACUUAAUUGAGUUCAACGACUGUAAAAAAUAA